CACAGUCUGGAGUCUAGAUAGGAGAAGAACAUAUUUGCUCUCGCCUGGACGUUUUUGUUGUUGUUUGUUUUGUUUUUUUUUUAAAAAAGAGGUGGGGGAGGAUUUAAGUGUUUUAUAGCCGAAAACCGUCAUUGUCAAAACUAGAGGAUGAACAGCAUAAGACAGGUGCCCACACGGGUGAAGAGCAGGCGGACUGAGGCCAACCUUGGAGCGGAGAGAGAGCAUUUUGACAAGCAGCAGCUGAGCAGCAUCAGCAAAGCUAUCAACUCCACCGAGACGCCUGUGAAGGAGAAACAUGCACGACGAAUCAUCCUGGGGACUCACAGGGAGAAGGGAGCCUACACCUUCUGGUCCUACGCUCUGGGCUUCCCUCUGGCCAGCAGCUCCAUCCUCAGCUGGAAGUUCUGCCACGUACUGCACAAAGUCCUGCGUGAUGGACACCGCAAUGUUCUUCAAGACUGCAUGAGACAUCACAGUUCUCUAGUUGAAAUUGGUAAACUGUGGGCCAACCUGCAUGACAAAUAUGGACAGCUGGUGGCUUUGUAUACAAAGAUGCUCUGCACAAAAAUGGAGUUUCAUGUGAAGCAUCAAGAAAUCCCACCAAACCUGGAGGUCACAGAUGAAGUCCUGGAGCGCACUGCAGGAACAGACAUCAAUAAUGUGUUCCAGCUCACAGUGGAGGUGUUCGAUUACUUGGACGCAGAACUGAGGCUGGCCGAGACAGUAAUCCGACAGCUCAACACAUCCAUCGCCAUCUCCACUCUCACGUCUGGCCAGUGUCGGCUGGCACCACUCAUCCAAGUUGUCCAGGACUGUAGUCACCUCUACCACUUCACCGUCAAACUGCUGUUCAAGCUGCACGCUUGUCUCCCCGCUGACACUUUACAAGGACAUCGUGAUCGUUUCCAUGACCAGUUCCACAGCCUGAAGACCUUCUUCAAUAAAGCCAGAGACAUGCUGUACUUCAAGCGACUGAUCCAGAUCCCCAAACUGCCUGAUUCCCCACCUAACUUUCUGCACGCAGCCUCACUGGCUAAGCAUGUGAAGCCUGUGGUGGUCAUCCCUGAUGAUGACGAACCAGAGCACCAAGACGACGACGAUGACGACCCCGAGCCGCUCAUUGAGGUCAGCGAAGUGUCAACCUCUAGCAUACAGGCACAGCCACAGCAACUGGACAUAUUUGAUCAGACGUUUGGACCUCCAAAUGGGGGCUUCGAUGACAGGGAUCUCCAGAUUGAGAGCUUAAAACGGGACCUGGAGUUGUUGCGAGCAGAGUUGGAGAGAGUCAAAGCAGAGGCUCAGCGCUACAUCACACAGCUGAAGUCCCAAAUCAACAGUUUGGAGGCAGAACUAGAAGAACAGCGUGCACAGAAACAACGUGCUCUUGUGGAAAAUGAACAACUGCGCAUGGAGCUGGAGGCUACUCGCCGCCGAAACGCAGAACACGAGAGCGUACAGACCACCUUCAUUGAAGCAGAAAAAAGAUCGCAGGCCACUGAGCAGCGGUACAAUAAGCUUAAGGAGAAGCACACAGAGCUGGUGGCCAGCCAUGCUGAACUACUUCGGAGGAGUGCAGACACUGUGAAGAUGCUGUCGGCGACCCAGCAGACCCAGGAAGAGGUGGAGAGGACCAAACAGCAGCUGUCAUUUGAGGUUGAUCGAAUAAAACAGGAAGCUGACAUGAAGCUGGAAGAGCAGAAGUUUGAAAUGGAGAAGCUGAGGAGAGAGCUGGAUGAGAAGAUGGCAGAAGUGACGCGCAUCAAGGCGACUCUGCAGAGCACAGAGAUGACAACAGAGCAAGUGAACAGCUCAAUGACGGCUCUGCAGGCAGAGAAGGAGCGUCUGAUGCGAUCUGUGAGUGAGAAGGAGGCGGAGCUGUCGUCGCUGCGGCAGGCUGCGCAGGUGCAGCAGUCGUCUCUUCAGCAGGAGCGAGAGAGGAACAGCAGGGAGCUGGGAGAGCUGCAGGGCAAACUGCAGGAGAAGUCAAGUCAGGAGGAGCAGCUGAAGCAGAAGCUUCUGGAGGAGCAGUUUGCUUUGCUGCAGGGAACCGUCGCAGAGGCUGAAAACAUCAUCCAAGAUGCUGUUGCUAAGCUGGAUGAUCCCCUCCACAUACGCUGCACCAGCUCUCCAGAUUACCUUGUAAGUCGGGCGGAGGCCACACUGGGCUCCAUAGACAAAGUGAAAAAGGGCCAUGCAGAUUAUCUCAGUAACAUGAAGGAUGCUGGAGGGCUGCUGAGGGCUCUGACCCAGUUCUCCCACUUGGCUGCGGAUACAAUCAUCAACGGCAGCGCCACCGCACACAUGGCACCCACUGAUCAUGCAGACCGACUGACAGAGAACUGCAGAGGCUGUGCCACUGAAAGUCUGCAGUUUUUCAGGGACCUAAAGUCCAAGACCUCCCUCCAGAGGGCAGACCCUGCCUCCAUUCGUGUAGUCGUUCAAAAGAUCCUGCACUUGGGCCAGGAGCUGCGGCCAAAAAGCAUGGAUGUUCGUCAGGACGAGCUGGGAGAUCUGGUCGAUAAGGAGAUGGCUGCAACAUCAGCAGCUAUUGAGGAGGCAGUCCGCAGGAUAGACGAAAUGAUGAAUCAGGCACGACAGGACACAACAGGAGUAAAACUGGAGGUCAAUGAAAGAAUCCUCAACAGCUGCACAGACCUGAUGAAGGCCAUCCGCAUGCUAAUUGUAGCAUCUACAGACCUGCAAAAGGAGAUUGUCGAGGGCGGGAGGGGUGCAGCCACCAUUAAGGAGUUCUAUGCCAGAAACUCUCGCUGGACUGAGGGACUCAUCUCUGCUGCCAAGGCUGUAGGAUGGGGAGCCACAGAGAUGGUGGAGUCUGCAGAUAAGGUGGUGCUGCACACAGGCAAAUACGAGGAGUUGAUCGUCUGCUCCCACGAGAUCGCUGCUAGCACGGCACAGCUGGUUGCUGCCUCAAAGGUUAAAGCAGACCGCAACAGUAGGAAGCUGCCAGUACUCCAGCAGGCUUCACGCCUCGUGAAUGAAAUGGCAGCUAAUGUGGUGGCCUCAACACGGACGGGCCAGGAGAACCUGGAGGAGAAAGAAACCAUGGACUUCUCUGGGAUGUCCCUCAUUAAGUUGAGAAAAGAAGAAAUGGAGUCACAGGUGAAGGUGCUGGAAUUAGAAAGUCACCUGGAGAACGAGCGUCUCCGUUUGGGCGAGCUGAGGAAGAAGCACUACGUGUUGGCCGGAGUUCCUCUGGAGCCGGAGUCUGAGGGCAACGGUAUAACCACCUCGCUGCCCAAUCCUGUCACCAUGUCACCGAAACCCACCAAACCUGCUCUCAUGAAGAAACCCACAAUGGCCCAGAAACCCAACAUACCACCCAAAACCAUGUUUAAGUAAUGGCUGAGCAGAAAUGGAAGAGGCUUCACUAAUGGAUGGUUGGAUUGACCAGAGAAAGAUUGCCUUUUUGUGAACAUGCAAUUCCUUUAAGUUAAAUGUUGACAAUCCUCUGCCUCAUCCCGCAUCUCACUGUUUUCCUCUCCUCAUUUCUUAUAUAUUAUAUUUUUCUUUUUUGCCAAAAUGGACCAUUUUUGACCCUUGAUGCCUGUAAAAGGAUUUGCUGUCUUUACCCCCCUUUUGUUUUUUUUAAGGAUGCACUCACAUGCCACCCAGUCAGAAAUCUUUAUAUUUUAAUUCUUGGCAACAAGAACUAAAAAGUUAAUGGGACACUUUUAGGCUGUUUUGAGUAAAGUAUUUUUUUCUGCAUUAUCACAAUUUUAGAUGAUCAAGCAUUACUGCUGCUUUUAGAAUACAAACCUUGAGGAUAAUCACAAAUCGACAGCGUAUCUUGUCAAUAGUUUUAAUCAAUCUUUGGACAACCUUUUUGCACACUAUUUUGGACGUUCAUUACAAAGCACAUCACAUUUUUCUUAAUGUACACUCUAUGCUAUUUAUGUUCUGGUGGGCGGUAAAGGAAACUAGGGAAUCACAUCGUGGGCGUCCAUGUUACUGCAAAAGGUUUACAUACCUCUGGCUUUGCCUUCAUGAUGGACAGUGUUCCUCUCAUGUGCGAAAACAGCUUUCUUUCUCAACAGUACACUCGGAGGCCUUGAAAUGUACUGUACUAUUGCAUUGAAUAAUACAUGUAAAGACAUACAGUCUGUAAAGGAGUGUGCAACUCGCAAGUAUAAUUUAUACCAACACUCAUCUCUUGAAUGUCCCUUUAUUAGAGGAGCACCUAGAAUGUUAUGGUAAAGCAUAUAGAUAGACUUAACGCUUGCACACAAAUAUCAGAUGUAGGCGUCCUUAAUUAUCACAUGCUUCUUUUAGGCUGAAUAUGAACAUUUAGGGUUAGUUAUUGUACAAUAUGAAGGUGUUCACGUCCUCUAUGCCUUUGGGCGCUUUUCUUACAGGGUCUUAAAAUGCAUCUUUUUAUGUUCUGUCUUUCCUCAGUACAAAAUGUCUUUAUACACUCAGAUCUAUUAAUAUAUUUUAGUAAAGAUAAUGGUGGUUUCUCCUCGUAAGAAGUGUAAAUGUCAAACAAAUGAACAAUAAAUGUUUGAUUUAA